AUGCUGAAGUAUUUGGUACGUCUACGUCUUUUGCCAUAUAUACCGAUAUUGUAUAGCUCACAUUCUCUACCAGGCACGGACUUGAGUGCAAUUCAGUCGCCAUGGUAUGCAUACCCUACGAUUUAUCGUUUCUAUGGUCAUGCUAAGCAUAUAUCUAGGGUGCCACCGAACGUGAUAUUUGAAAUUGAUGACUACGAAACAGAUUGGUCGUACUCAUCCGGAUUCGACUUCAUACAUAGUCGUGAGCUAAUGGGCUUCAUCGGAGACCACGACCGCUUCAUGGCUCAAGCAUAUGAGAAUCUAAACCCCGGGGGAUGGCUUGAGAUGCAAACAACCGACCCAACACUCUUCUCCGUUGACGGAGGUAUGGAGAGGGCCAAAAUACUACCCAGCUACAUUGCGAAUCUGCAUAGAGCUAGUGCCAUGUUCGGUAAAUCCAUGACCGAAGUCGACACCUGGCCUAGCAGGAUGCUUCCAAUUGGUACUUGGCCAAAGGACCCUAAACUGAAAGAGAUAGGCAAGUUCCAGCAAGUGCAGAUUACACAGGCUGUCGGCGCAUAUACCCCUGCCCUAUAUACCCGUGUGCUGAAAUGGACUCGGGAAGAGGUCAACGAUCUUUGUGCCAAGGUUCGAGCCGAACUUCAGGAUCGAUCCCUGCAUCUUUAUUUAAAAGUGCAUAUUGUUAUAGGAAGGAAACCAUGA